AUGCCUGAAAAAAAGCCGGAUCCCGCGAAAAGUGCUUUAAUCCCGAAUGUAGAGGUGGAUCCUACAGAGUGCCCUUUCAGGGAGUUCAGGGACAAUGAACUUUCCAUUGACACUUGGGGAAUGAGUCCGGCCACAUUAAGGACGGUGAUUGCCAACAAGAUAGUGGUGAAACUGUCACCAGACCACGUGUGGGUAGACGAGCAGACACAGCCAUUACCAAGAUCCGUGAGGCAGUACCUCCACGGAUGGGUCAGAGCUGAGGAACUUGCUUUAAUCCGGUGGGAAGAGGCGCAAACUGUCGUUUAUGAGGAAGAGGGGUCGGACAAGAUGUCUAUAAUAGACAUGCAGCUCAGCCAUACGCAAGUGCUGCAACGGUCUGCAUUCUGCAGGCGGGUGCUCUCAGCUUGCUUCAUUUUGGAGCGAGCGGACAUAGCAACAGUGGAACAUCAGUGGGAGAACUUCUCCUUCGUGUUACCAGAAGGCUGGCGACCACGGUACCACAUAUAUUCUCCAGGCACGAAGCCGGGAGGUGGCGCGCAGCAUCGCCCUCUACUGUCUAAAAAUGGUUGCUACCUGGUACGGCUAUACUACCUGGGCGCGUGGCGCUGCGUGUGGGUCAGCGACCAGGUGCCAGUCGACGCAACAGGGGCUCCCCUACUCCCCUUCUCUCCACUGCUGAGCCCUGGGCCCACCAAGCCAGCACUAGGACGGCAGCAGGCGCCGGUGGCUUCGGUCACGUCUCCAUUGGUGCACCUGUGGCCUCUACUUCUUUGUAAGGCGCUAUUGAAGCUUGCAGCUCCAGACAUGAGCUCUGAUGAAGAUUCUAACAUUAUCGAAGAUGAAUAUAUGCUGGAAUUUAAAAUUAUACAUUGUUUAACUGGAGCUAUGGAACUAAAUAGUCGACCUACUGGCCUAGAAGAUUUAUGGAAUGAACUAGCAGCGGAGGUUCCGCCAUUCACCUGGGAUGUAGAAGACGACGACACAAUAUUAACUACCAAGUCCAAAACGGUCAAGAAAGAUAAAACUACAAAGGAAACGUCCGCUGUUAAGCGACGAUCAAUGGUCCUAUUGACUAUCAAAGACACUAAAGAGCUGCCGCCUUACACCCUGCCGGGGAUCUCUCCAGGCCACGAGAUGGCUCUCCAUGUGUCGAUCAUCAGAGAUGUGCCGCUGAAGAAACCUCUUCCAGAGCCAGACGUUGCCUUAUGGAAAUACUACCGGUGGGUGGACUGGGCCCGCAGACACGGGUUGUACGAAGAAUACGCCUUCCCCAAGACACGCUUCAUCAAGCUGACUGGCUUCUUGAAAUUGUCUUACGCACCACAUCUGCUGGACGUGCAAAGUACUGAAACGAUUACCUUGGAAUUUAGAAAAGCACAAGAUCGCAGUCCGCUACAAACUAAACUGUGGGGACCUGGCGCCCACGGCAUAUUCUCAGAGCUGGCGAAGCGCCUCGUGGAGGCAACGGGUGACAAGAAGGCUGACUUCUACCUCGCGCAACGCAUUGGCAUUGCCGUCCAGCGCGGCAAUGCCGAUGCCGCCAGCCUUCUUGGCACGGUGGCACCCUGCCCCAAGGACAACAAAAAGAGCAUUAGGAUCAUCACUACCGCCCCAGCGGCCCAAAAGGAAGAAUUAAAAGACUGGAUUUUAUUCGACAAUAUCUCAGAAGUAGUGAAGCUGAUGUCAGUCAUCUUCUUCCCCUCCUUGUUUAACUUUACGACAGCCGGGAGCUCACCACCGUUAAAAAAUACCAAAGUUCCCAUGAACCGAGCGUUAGACAUCGUGGCACCAAAGUCUAGUCCGAUGUAUCUUCAGAUAGACAGCCCUGAUCAGAGUCGUUUGAAGAUAUCCUUAAACGUGAUGCAUCCAAGAGUGAUGUUUAAUUGUGGGGCACCUGUUAUGGAUUAUGUUGAGCCAGCGUAUCUCCUUUUGGAGCGCCUCGAUUGGUUUGUGGACUCGGAACUGCCUAAACCAAAGGCGUAUGUUAAAACGAGGGGAUAUGAUUGUGUGCAAGUGGAUUUUUUGCCGGGAAGACAUUAUUGCAGACUCUGGGUCCACUCCCAAACAAACUGGCAUGUGGCGCUCCUCAGCGAGUCUUCGCUCCUGCUCGGCACGCAAGACGUGAUCCAUGCCGCCUCGGUCCGAGAGUGCCCUUGGGCCGUGAUCUUCCUUACGAACUUGGGAACAGCCUUCAUCAACUUAUUGAAGACUCCGAAGUCGGCGACGAACUUGGCCAUUGAUUCAGAUUUUUUAAAGUCGUAUCAGCCAGACCUUACAUGGGAUGAAGAAGUUGUAGGUUACAAGAAGAAUCUGCUCCAUUGGAUGUUCCGAAGAGCACUUCAGGCACUUCUCAUGAAGCGUCUGAAUUCUGUUGAGUUUCAUGGAGCUUGUGUGGUACUGAGACGGUAUCUUCUUGCUCCUGAUUUUGGUCUACCGGAGAAGAAACCGGACUUAAAAAACUAUAGAAACAUAAUAGAUUUAGACCCCUGUGAUUGCAUCAUACCGGUACCAGAGCAGAUAGAAGAGAGUGUACUAUCAGAAGAAUUGCAGAUUGAAGAAGGUUAUCAAAUAUCUCAAACAAUACUGGAUCAACUGCUCACAUCUCCAACUCCCCCAGUCGUUUCACAAGUAUGCGAACUGGCUACUUCAGAGCUAACAUGCGGAAUACUGAAGGAAGAAAGAGAGAAGAUGGUUCGUAAGCAUGAGGCGGCGACCUUGCUGCAAGCGUAUUGGAGAGGCACGAUGGCGAGGAAAUGUUUGAGGGAAAAAGUUUUUGUAACUCCAGAUGUACUUAAAGCGCUUAUGGAUGCUGCCUUCGGACACCCAGAAGCUUUGUCUGCCCUGAUGAACGAGUUUUUCAGUAUGUAUCCUGGAGCCAAAAGUGCCUAUUCAGUAGCCUCCGCUUUAAGCGGAACUACAGGAUUACAGACCUUUAAUGGCCAGGCUCCAGUUGCACCCCAGAGCAAGUGGAUCCCCUACUUCCAAGGAGUUUUUUACUGCCACGAAACUGUCAAAGUCCAUUUUGCCAUCCAAGGAACGUUGCAUUUUAAUACAAUGCGAGUCUAUGACAAUGAUACCGGAUUGCAAUUGCCACAAGUAUUCCGGGCGGCUAAAACGUUUGAUAUUAAACCGAAUAAUUUUGGUUACACAGUAAUCGGACACGGCACCCUCACCAAGCCUCUGAGCGUAUACUCCGAAGCUCACUGGCAACUCACAGUCCUCAGUUCUCUCAGAGAUGUCUUCCACGUCUGCAACAGCCCCCAAAUCGAAUUGUGUCAAGAGAUGGCUCUGCCGCCAGCGUCGAAACUGCACAUUGAUUCUCUUUUCGUCCCGAAUAGAAGAAACAUCUUGGGAGGGAUUAAGUUGAUGGUGAUGCAGAAUGGGGCGGUUAGCUUUAGGGCGGCCGCUAGUUCUCCUGAACUGAAAUUGGUAGCAAUCCUUCGACUUCAAAAUGAAGAUGGUAGCAUGGAAGUGGUAAACAAAUGUGAAGGGACGGGUGAACUGUUUUGGCCCUACAUUAAGGUGGAGUCUGAAACAACUUCGCCAGUGAAAAACAAGAGUACUCGUAUCCUCUCCUCUCGCUCUCAGGGUUAUAUAAGCACGAGUAAGGAUAUUAAAACCACAACUAGUAUGCAGGCGAAAUUUUAUACCAUUGAAUUAUCAUGCCCCGAUGGUUGGCCGCUAACUUUGGACCAAUGGAAACGAGUCGAAGAAGUCCGGAACAUUCUGGAGCUGCCCAAAAUCGAAUCGGCUGUCAAGAAACCGCCAACACCAAGCAAGAUGCCGUCAGCCAAGGAUAAAUCAGCGGCCCCAGCCCCGCCCUCUCGCAUGCAGCCUCAACCUGGCGACGCGUACACAGAGUUGGAGUGUUCGGUGCCUCAAGGGGGAGGCAUCAUAGUCGAGGAGGACCGCCACCGCGUGCUGGAGUUCGAGGCGGCGCGCCGUCUCUGGGGCGCGAAGGAACCGGGCAGGAACCAGCGUGGAGCCCAGAUCCGGUUAGUGCUGAGAGUUGGAGUGUGGGUACUGGCUCAAGGAGGUUGCAUCAUGGCCGAACAGGACCACUACCGCGUGCUGCAGUUCGAGACGGAUCGCCGUCUCUGGGACGCGAAGGAACCGGGGAGGAACCAGCGUGGAGCUCAGAUCCGGUUAGUGCUGAGAGUUGGAGUGUGGGUGGCUCAAGGAGGUUGCAUCAGAGCCGAGCAGGACCAUCACCGCGUGCUGCAAAAAGAAUUCCGUGAUGAAUUUUUGGACGUACCGGUAAUACCUAGCCCCAAAUCAGUCGAAGAAGAAUCAUUGACAGCUGAGUACAUGGGUGAAGAGGCUGUUGAAAUUAAAAAAGUGCUCGAAAUGUCCGUGGAAAGCGAGGAAGAGACUAAAUUUCUAACACUACCUGAGGCACUGAAAGAUAAAUUUGUGCCUCUACCAUUCAUACCUCUAUGCCUGAAAGAGACAGUGGAAGACGAAAGGGUAUUGGUAACACCAGAAAUGGCAGAAGCCGGCAAAGCAGAGAGGCUCUUACGUUUCGAAAAUGCCCUGAAUCGCAUGAGAGAACUGCAGGAGCACAACAAAAUACAUGUUCUUGGUCAACAUAGGAAACGGUGUAAUCUGCUGGCCAAGUUGUUUGUGGAUGCAAGUUGGACACCAGAACUACAUCAAGUCCUAGAAGAAAGAGACGAAGCUAUCGCGCAAGGAGCACUCGAUUUAGCUGAUGGUGCACAAAGGAAGAAGUUAGAACAGAAGAAAAAACAAUGA